GCCCUGCCGUGCCCUGCCGUGCCCUGGCCGGCGUCCCCGGGCCCACGAUGGCGCAGCAGGGCCUGGCGGCCGAGUACCUGCAGGUGCCGGCGGUGACCCGCGCCUACACCACGGCCUGCGUGCUCACCACCGCCGCCGUGCAGCUGGAGUUUAUCACCCCAUUCCAGCUCUACUUCAACCCCGACCUCAUCUUCAGGAAGUUUCAGGUUUGGAGGCUCAUCACCAAUUUCCUCUUUUUCGGACCCCUGGGAUUCAGUUUCUUCUUCAACAUGAUCUUUCUGUUCAGAUACUGCCGGAUGCUGGAGGAGGGCUCUUUCCGCGGAAGGACGGCAGAUUUUGUCUUCAUGUUCCUCUUUGGGGGCUUCCUCAUGACGCUGUUUGGGCUCCUGGCCAGCCUGUUCUUCCUGGGCCAGGCCUUCACCAUCAUGCUGGUCUACGUCUGGAGCCGGCGCAACCCCUACAUCCGCAUGAACUUCUUCGGGCUCCUCAACUUCCAGGCCCCCUUCCUGCCCUGGGUCCUCAUGGGCUUCUCCUUGUUGCUGGGCAACUCCAUCAUCAUCGACCUGCUGGGGAUCGCCGUGGGCCACAUCUACUAUUUCCUCGAAGAUGUCUUCCCCAACCAGCCCGGGGGAAAGAAGCUGCUGCUGACGCCAGGAUUCCUGAAACUACUCUUUGACACUCCGGAAGACGACCCCAACUACAAUCCCCUCCCCGAGGACGGGCCGGAGCAGCCCCCGCGGCAGUGAGGAGGUGGUCCCCCGCUUCCACCCUCGCCCCCCUCUCCCCUUCCUCUGUGCUGUGGCCCCCCCGAGCACCCGGCCCUUCAAGAC